GGUGUGGCGAUUGAUGGAAAUAAUCACGAAGCCAAAGAAAGACAAAUCCAGCUUGUCAAGAAGAGGGGAAAAGUCAAGGCUCUGGAUGAAGAACUUUACAAACAAAACAGCAUGGACUUAAAGGUGGAGUUUGAAACGCACUUUGGCAUGGCCCACACUCGCUGGGCCACCCACGGGAUCCCCAAUGCUGUCAACAGCCACCCCCAGCGCUCAGACAAAGGCAACGAAUUUGUUGUCAUCCAUAAUGGGAUCAUCACAAAUUACAAGGAUCUGAGGAAGUUUCUGGAAAGCAAAGGCUACGAGUUUGAGUCAGAAACAGAUACAGAGACCAUCGCCAAGCUGAUUAAAUACGUGUUCGACAAUAGAGAAACCGAGGACAUUACAUUUUCAACGCUGGUCGAGAGAGUCAUUCAGCAGUUGGAAGGUGCAUUCGCGUUGGUUUUCAAGAGCAUCCGCUACCCAGGAGAAGCCGUUGCCACAAGGAGAGGCAGCCCCCUGCUCAUCGGAGUGCGGAGCAAAUACAAGCUCUCCACGGAGCAGGUCCCCAUCCUGUACAGGACGCGCACUAUUGAGAACGUCAAGAACAUCUGCAAGACCAGGAUGAAGAGGCUGGACAGCUCUACCUGCCUGCACGCAGUGGGCGACAAGGCAGUGGAAUUCUUCUUUGCUUCCGACGCGAGCGCUAUCAUAGAGCACACCAACCGGGUCAUCUUCCUGGAGGACGACGACAUUGCCGCAGUGGCUGAUGGGAAACUCUCCAUCCACCGGAUCCAGCGCUCGGCCAGUGACGACCCGUCGAGAGCCAUCCAGACCUUGCAGAUGGAGUUGCAGCAGAUCAUGAAAGGCAACUUCAGUGCCUUUAUGCAGAAGGAGAUCUUCGAACAGCCGGAGUCGGUCUUCAAUACCAUGAGAGGGCGGGUGAACUUUGAGAGCAACACAGUGCUCCUGGGCGGCUUGAAGGACCACCUGAAGGAGAUUCGAAGAUGCCGGCGGCUCAUCGUGAUCGGCUGUGGGACCAGCUACCACGCCGCCGUGGCCACUCGGCAAGUGUUGGAGGAACUGACCGAGCUCCCUGUGAUGGUCGAACUUGCUAGUGAUUUUCUGGACAGGAACACACCGGUGUUCAGGGAUGACGUUUGCUUUUUCAUAAGCCAAUCAGGUGAGACUGCGGACACGCUCUUGGCCCUGCGAUACUGCAAGGACCGCCGCGCCCUGACCGUGGGCGUCACCAACACCGUGGGCAGCUCCAUCUCCCGGGAGACCGACUGCGGUGUCCAUAUCAACGCGGGGCCGGAGAUCGGCGUGGCCAGCACCAAGGUAGAAGGAACAGCAUGCUCUCCUUCGGGAAGAGCCUGGGCGGGUGGGCCAGAGGCCCGGGUGCCUGGGUAUCCGCCCUCCUCUGGCGUGGACGCGGCGGGCAGUCGCUCUGUGCACGGCUUAGAGCUGAUCAAGGAGGUGUUGUCACUGGACGAGCAAAUCCACGACCUGGCCCUGGAGCUCUACACACAGAGGUCGCUUCUGGUGAUGGGGCGAGGCUACAACUACGCCACGUGCCUGGAAGGAGCCCUGAAAAUUAAAGAGAUCACCUACAUGCACUCGGAAGGCAUCCUGGCUGGGGAGCUGAAGCACGGGCCUCUGGCACUGAUCGACAAGCAGAUGCCCGUCAUCAUGGUCAUCAUGAAGGACCCUUGCUUUGCCAAAUGCCAGAAUGCCUUGCAGCAGGUCACGGCCCGCCAGGGUCGCCCGAUCGUACUGUGCUCCCAGGACGACACGGAGAGCUCCAAGUUCGCGUACAGAGCGAUCUCGCUGCCCCGCACUGUGGACUGCCUCCAGGGCGUCCUGAGCGUGAUCCCGCUGCAGCUCCUCUCCUUCCACCUGGCCGUUCUGCGCGGAUACGACGUUGACUUCCCCAGAAAUCUAGCCAAGUCUGUCACCGUGGAAUGAGAGAGACCAUCGCCACCUUCAGCCUGAUUCCAGACCUGUCCAGACAGCAGGGAUGCCGCGUGUUCUGCGUGUUCCCGGUAGAGCUUGACAGCUUCGACGUGCCUUGUACCCAAGUGCUUUUGCUUACAGCGAAUGCUGUUUCUCUGUGUCCUGAAGUCGCCAGAGGAGAAGGGAAUCAUUGUUUACACAUGGGGAGCAGAGCGAACUUUUCCACUACUGUGCAAUAGAGAUGCAGCUCUCUGCAGAGCAACUGUGAACCUUUUUAAACCAACACUAGUUAGUUUUAAAACACAAAGUAUUUAUAAUGAUGAUUGUAUAGCUUGUAAGUUAUUUUUCUAUGUGGCUUUCUGUAGCCGUGGUAAUGCCCAGACCUAUGCAUCCCAGCUACCCAGUGCACCAUCUCCGGGCUCGUUCCUGGUGGGUGGCAUUCAUCUCAGAUUCGAGCACAGGGCAUUGACCCUCUGGACUCCUUCUCCUUUCCUCCCCUUAAGCUGCUCCUGAAUCCCAUCCCCUGACAUCAGGAAGCCCCUCCAGCCAUCUGCCCACGCCGCCUGUAAGUCCAGUUGAAAUCUCAACUUCCUUCAACAUUUUCUCAUCUAUAGCCCAGAUCCCUCCAACUCCCCAACUCUGUUUAAUCUGGUUCUUGCUAAGCCCAGGCAGCAUUUUGAUUCCUGCUCCCUGCCUGUAGUAAAACAGCUUGAAAUGUCCCAUGCAAGAGAGUAGUGACACGUGGGCUACCUUGCUCUCUAUUUAAAAGCAUGCACAAUCAAAGUACUAUGCAAUUUUAAGACAAUAAAGAACAUACAAUUUU